GCUGUCACGAGAAUCGGAGAGAAGUUCGCUGCUUUCUGUGGAAAGGAAGUGUUGUUCUUGAAAAAUUUUGUAUUUAGUAAUUAACAAAAUGAUUUUCGAAAGGAUGAUUAGUGGAAACAUUUUUCGUAAAAUUAGACAGUUAGAAUCUAUUUCUAAAACUAGUAUAUUUUCAAACACUUGCAAACCACUUCAACUUGUCAGAACAUCAACAAGUUCAUCUGGUCUUAAUAGAUGUUUAAAUUCUAAUGUAAUAACCAAUGGAAGUAAUGGUUUCCUAAGGAAGUUCCCUGCAACCACAACUGUUGGUCUACAACAAACUCGUAAUGCAGCUACACCUACUGGUGAUCAUGUAAAAAUGUGGGUUUUGGAAAGAAUUGUGGCUAUGGCACUUCCAAUUGUUAUGCCUGCUGCAUUCAUAAUGGAAAAUGCAGCCCUUGAUGGACUUAUGUCUGUUUUAGUUGUAAUGCAUAUGCAUUGGGGUUUCGAGGCCAUGAUCACAGACUAUGCACGUCCCAUUGUUGUUGGACCAAUAAUACCAAAAGUUUUGCAUAUUUCAUUGAUUUUGCUUUCAGCAGUUACUCUGGCUGGACUAUUGGUACUUAUACAUAAUGGUCCUGGUGUUGCAAGAUCUAUUAAGGAUUUCUGGGCAAUUGGCAAACAAAAAUCUUCAGAACCACCACAACAUUAGUUGUUAUUAUCAGCUUUUUAAUAGGCUGUUAAUAUGUUAAUU